CGGCGGCGGCGCCGGUGGAGGAGCGGCAGCAGCAGGAGGCGGCGGCGGCCAUGCCGUGAGCGCGCGGGGCUCGCGCCGCCCGCGGGCCGUUAACGCCGCCUCAGCGCCGCCGCCGCCAUGUUCCGCCGGUCCCGGCUGAGCGUGCGGCCCAACGUGCGGCCCGCCGGCAGGGAGACACAGGGAGCGCCCGCAGCCGCUGGGGCUGAGCCGCAGCCGCCGCCGCCGCCUCCAGCCGGGAGCCGUGACGAGGGUGAUGACAAGGCUGAUAGCUCAAAUGAUGCUGGAGAAACUAGUAAAGCUACAGAGACGCCUACACAGAGAAGAAAACGUAUUUCCACUACGCCAAAUCUUGUCAAACCCAGAGCUGGGCCUUCAUCUGUUCAGUGUUCUGCAUCAAAACCGCAGAGGCGAGCAUUGCAGGCUCCUGAUGGCAGUGCUUCAGUUCAGAAGGAUUCUUCGGCAUCAGAAAAGAGUAGUACUGAAGGCUCUUUGAAGUCUCCCAUACUGCCUGAAAAGAAAACGCCUGUGCCACAAGUGCCACAGUUUUCACCCCUAAAAAAGUCUGUAAAUAAAGAACAAACUGCCAGUGUAGCUGCUCAAAAAAAUGAUGAUACCUUGCUGAAGAACCUACCCUCUCCACUCAAGGAGAGACCAACACAGGAAACGUCAGUGACAAAGGAGGAAAAGUUACCUACAAAACCUGCUCCCGCAAAAGAGAAACGAAUCUGUUCUGAUCGUGAAAGGAUCCUCAAAGCUCGGAAGUUGAGGGAAAUGCUUAGAGAAGAGCUGAAGAAAGAGCGCAUGAAACAGUUAAAACACAGGCCUCCAAUUAUCGAAGGGCGUUCUCCACCAGAUCGCUCUAAAAUGACCAUGAGAGACUUGAUAUACUAUCUGCCAGAAAACAACCCUAUGAAGUCUUCAUUGGUAGAAGAAAAGAAAACAGAAAAAAAUUCUACACAGUGUCAAAUGAAAGAACAGGAAGAGAAAAGUACUCAGGAUCAUGAAGAGGAAGAUGAGGAGGAAGAGGCAGAGAAUGGGGAGGACAGUCAAGAUGGUCCACUUCUAGUUCCUCGUGUGAAAGUAGCAGAAGACGGUUCAAUUAUUCUGGAUGAAGAAAGUUUAACUGUAGAAGUUCUAAGAACUAAAGGUCCUUGUGUUGUAGAAGAAAAUGAUCCUAUCUUUGAGCGUGGCUCUACAACUACGUAUUCCAGCUUCAGGAAAAGUUUUUACACCAAACCAUGGUCAAAUAAAGAAACAGACAUGUUCUUUUUAGCUAUCAGCAUGGUAGGAACAGACUUUUCCUUGAUUGGACGAUUGUUUCCUCACAGAGCCAGAUCAGAAAUUAAGAACAAGUUCAAACGUGAGGAAAAAGCAAAUGGAUGGAGGAUAGACAAAGCUUUCAAAGAAAAGCGGCCCUUUGAUUUUGAAUUGUUUGCCCAGCUACUUGAAAAAGUCUUGGCAGAUGAGGAAAAGAGGAAGCAAAAGACAGUUAGAAACCAGAAGCCAAAGGAAAAGAAACCACCAAGGCCUCGUAAGAAGCCAAAAGUAGCAAAAGCUGCCAGCACAGAAACUCUUGAUGAUCAAGACGAUCUGCAGGAGGCCAGAAUUUCUGAUGCAGAAACAGAAGCAGAUGCUGUGACGGCUGAGAAGGAAAAUGAAGAGUCCUUGGGCAUUUCGGAACAGGCUGAAGAACAGGUUGCAUUAGAGCCAGCAUUUGCGAAGAAGAGAAAAAAAAGGAAGAGAAAGGAUGAUCCUGAAGAGGAAGUGGACAGUUUUCCAGAACAGCUGGCUGUCCCUUCAGAAAUUGAAGAGGAAAGGAAAUCCUCUAAAAAAACAGGAAAAAAAAUGGAAUGCGAUACAAACACUGAUGAUCGUAUUACCUGCAGAGAAGAAUUGGACACUGUUAUUGAAGAAAAACAAGAUGGUCCUCCCACUAAAGAGGAGGAAAGAUCGCAGUCCUGUUUACCAGUGGAUGACAUAACAGAGAGGGAAAGUGAUCUCAGUUUAUGCAGUUUUCAGGAUAGCAAUGAUGUUAUACUUGAAACAGAAUCUGCUCAGCUGGGAACUGUAAAUAUCCCAGAUGAUAUAUCACAGGAAAUCCAGCUUUCAAAUUUGCCAGUUUCAAGGAUUAGAAAUGAAGAAAGACAAUCUGAAGAAACUAGAGAAACAAUGAACGAAGACACACAUGACUUACAUAGACGAGAGGAAGAGCAGAGUGCAUCAGAAAGUGAUUCUCUGCCUGAAAUAAUUAAAACUGAAAAGCCAGCAGAGAGAGGACACUUGCAAAGACCUAAACCCAAUUUCACAAGAUCCUCAGGAAAGAAAGAAGCAGCAAACCAAGAGAAAAUGGAGGCCGAGACUUCCUCUCCAAAACUUGUGAAUACAGCUGAAAAGUGCUCUGAGCAAGACAGUAGAAGAAACAGAGAUGAAGUCACAGAAUUGGAGAAUAUGGAUUUGGAUACGAAAUCUGAAGAGCCUGAGAAAACUGUAAUUGGAAUGACAAGAGUUAGAGGAUGUCGACAGAGAUUUAAACCUAAUGUUACAAGAGCAUCUGGAAGGAAAGAGCCUGAGAACAGUUCAGGAAAUGAUAAAAUGUCUCAUCCAGAGUCUGAGGAGGGAACUAAAAAGAAUAUUGACCAAAGUAAUAGGUCUGAUACUACCAGUGGAGAAGCUGCAGAAAAAGAUGAUAAAAUUGUGGAGACAGUGUCUCAGUCUAAUGAAAUAACCAGUUCACAAGAAGACAGCAAACUGAGUGUUCUGAAACCAACACCUCUAAAGAGAGGCCGAAUGCAGAGACCAAAACCAAAUCUAGGCAGAACUGUUGCACGAAAAGAUGACCGAUCACAUGAAAAAGAUGCUGAAGAGGAGAAAGCUGAAAAUGGAGAAGUAGAAAAGGGUGUGAUACACCAUAGAGAUGAAGACAGUGGUUCGUGCCUCAAAAGUGAUGUUCAUGAAGACCUACAGCCAUGCAUCAUGAUGUUAGAAAGGGAUGUUUCAGUAGAUUCUGAGGUGAACUCAUUACGUACAAGGCAGUGCUCCCAAGAAAAGUCCUCAGAAGCUGGAGGCUGUGAAAGUGAAAAGGGAUCUUCAGAUGACAUGAAAGUUGUUUCAGAUUUCAAUGCAGGGGAGUCUGGUCCUGAGAAGCAAGAGGAAAAAAAUGUUGCUUCGUCAGCACGGCUACUGAGGAGUCGAUUCCAGAGACCAAAGCCAAAUUUAAGAACAAUAACUAGUAGAAAGGAAGUACUGGAUGUAAAUAAAGAUGUAUCACAGAAGCAUAAUAGCGAAGAAGAAAGUUUGAUGCAGUGUGAUGGUGAAUGUGGUAGCCUGCCUGACACAGAUAAAGCUGGAAAAUGUGAAGUCCUGCAAUCAUUGGAAUCCUUAGGAAAGGAAAAAUCAUUUGGCCCUCUGGAUGCUUCUGAGAGGCAAAGUUGUAAGUCCCCACAGACACUUUCAAGAUCAGAGGAUGGUGAAUUGAAGUCUUACCUACCUGUAGAAAAAGAUGGGACCUCAACUACUACUGUUGGAAAAAAUACAGCUCAAGAAGAAAGUAAACAAACACUUCUUCAACCUGUCCAGUUUGUGAGGGCCCGAUUCCAGAGGUACAGGCCAAAAUUGGGAAGAGCUGGUGGAAAGAAGGAAUUACAGAUAUCAGAAGAUAAUGAAGGGGAGAACAAGUCUGAAGCAGAUGAGUUGGAACUGCAAAAAGAUGAGUCUGCCAGUCCUGUGUCUGCCGUGGGUGAAAAUGAAGCUGUAUUGCAUCAAGCAAAUGUAUUGAGCAAUGAGGAACAGACAGCAAAGGAAGCGCCUCAGGUGCCGUGUAUUUCUGAAAACAUACUGCAUGAACAAAGCAGUGCUGAACAAUCCACUUCCCAAGAAGGCAAGCUGGGUGCUCUGAAAUCAGCACAGCUCAUAAGGAAUCGAUUUCAGAGGGCCAGACCAAACCUAGGAAGAACAUACCGUGAAAGAGAAUCUCCAGUGGCACACAGUCUUGCUGCUCCAAUUGAGGAAGAAGCAAAUAAAGGAAAAAAUCUUCCUGUAGCAGAAGACUCUGAGGAAACUCUUUCCUUAAAAGAUGACGUGGAAAGACUGUUGUUUGUGGGUAAUUUGGCCAAGGAUGACAGUCUAGACAUGAAUCCAAAAACUCUGUGGUCAGAAACACUCUAUUCCCCUAAAAAAUCACCGAAUUGCCACAGCAAGGGAGAUCAACAUCUAAUUACACAUCCUAUAGGGAACAUUCAAGAUUCCACCAAAAGGUCUAGUGUUAAUUUAAGUUCUGGAGAAGAAAGUAAACAGUGUGAUACAAAACCUUUGCAUGAAGAAAGGGAACCACUCACGAACCCACAGCCAAACCUAAUGAGAGUUCACAGAAAAAGAGGUCAUCCUGAAGAAAGUAGAAGAGAUGAGAACAAUGUCAAGAUAAGAAAUUCAGAAGAGUAUUUAUUGUUAGAAAAAACAGAUGUAUCAAUGCAGAACUCUAGUAACAUAGUGGAAGCAGCAUCCUUCCCAGAGGCUACAGGAAAACAUGAUUUUAUAGACUCUCUUGAAGAAGCAUCCUGUAAAAGAGUCAGGCAGAAUAGUAGAUUCCAGUCUCCAGAGGUGUCAUCAGAGAGCGAGAACCAAGUAGAAAAAGAUGACUUUCAACCUUCUACAUCUCAGCAAAAAAAAUCAGAUGAUCUUACAAGAAGGCAGUCUAGGAGGUCAUCGAAACAGACAGCACUACCAAAGCAUGGCUGGGAGCGACGAACUGCUUCAUCUCUUGCUUCUGAAUGUGAUGCUGAUUGUUGUGAGAAGGGGAAUCAAAGACAAGAAGUUAAGCAGAGUGUUACUAGAGGCAAAAGUACGAAAGCUGCUCAUAGGAAGAAACCUGGAAAGGAGCACAGAAGUUCAAAGAUAACCUUAGUGACUCUACGGGCUUCUCAAGAGGAGGAAGAGGAGGAGACAGAUGACUUUGAGCCUGAUGAUGAGGAUGAAUGUUUUGCACCAGAGGAAGUAAACAAAGCUCCAGUGUUUGUUCCUGUUGGUCUUCGAUCUCCUGAACCUGUUCCCGUUCAGAUAGAGGAAACCAUGGAGGAGCUGGAUAUAUCUGUGAAUAUCCCAGAUGUGCAGGUGGCUACAGAUGUAGAAACUCUCUCUCAGAUAACUGUCCAGCCAGUGAUCCAGAGGGAGGAAAAAGCAAACACCUCACCAACUGAAGCAACCAUAAAUGAAAAUCCAGAAGUGGACAAAGGAAUUAAUGAUGGAAGCACUGAAGCUGCCAUGACUUUACUUGCAAUGGGUGAUCCAAUGUUCCAGUUAAAAACAAGCACUGAAGAAUGGACACAGAUGUUACCAACUCAAGAUGAAUUGAACUUGUCCAGUAACCUUGUGACCCACGAUUAUGCUGAGCAAAAUAGGACUCCUGAUCAGUACUUAGUUUCUUCAGCCUCUUACACCAAGAAUUUGGUCCUUUGUGACGAUGGAAGCAACAUUAAUGUAGAGGAUCAAAGCACUGAUGCAGGAACAGGUGUUGAAGAGUAUUGUGAGAAAAAUGCUACCAGUAAUAGCCCUCUGUCGAUGGUAAAUCAGAGACUGAGAAGAGACAGACUCCUAAAGCCUCAGUCAAACCUUGGAGUAUUGAGGUCUAAUGAAAACAUACUUCAGGAGCCACUUAAUACAAAUGUAGUUGUGGAACAGCUGGACCAAAUUCAAAGUGAGUCUACAGAGCUGAGAAGUACUGCAGAAAUGCAAGGGGUGGAACUAGAACUGCUCAGACCAACUGCAAGUGAUUCUUCAAUUCUUGAUAAUUUUGCAACUAGUAUGGAACUUGUCAAACAAGUGAACAAAACAGAGAGAACAGAGAAGGAGAUGACAGAUGAUUGUAGGACUUCAGGGAAUUUAUCACCAAUAUAUAAGAAAUCUCACCUUGGACUAGAGGAUUAUCUGAAUCAAAGUUCUGUGGAUGGACUUACCAUGCAAAAUCCUUGUCCUGCUGAGCACAGCAUCUGUACAAUCAACUUUGCUCAGAAUGAAACGUGUGCUCAGGAUUGUCAACAGCCAUGUGUAAGCAGCACAGAAGAGACUUCAGUAGUGAGUGAUGAUUGUCAAUGUCCAGAUGAAGAACAGACAUUCAUUUUAACAUUGGUAGAAAUCCCAGCUGACUCAAAAGAAUUUGAUGCAUCUGCUUUGCUGGAACAAACUUCUGAACCAUUACUACCAGCGCCAAUAAUUAUCGGCUCAGAAAAUGCAAGUGAAACAAGUGUGACUGAAGUGGAGAGCACUGGAUCCUUGACAACUGCAGCUAAUGAAUUUGAUGCAUCUUUGAACAACAAUAUGGAAACCAAACAACUACAGAAUGCAUUAGCAGAGCCUGUUCUAAAUUUGGUGCGGACAGCUCAAAAAAGGUCAGCAGCUGAGCUUGCAGAGAAUGACUUUCCUCCUGCCAAGAAAACUCUGUCUACUGUAGUGGAGGGUAACUUCGAAAGCCCUUGUAAGGGUUAUUCAACUAAAUCCACAAGUUCUCCAAAAAGAGCUUCUGGGAAUCCUUUUCAAAAAACAGAAGCUUCAGCAAAGAAAAAGUUACUUACUUCUGUGUUGGUGCCCGAGUCUUUGUCACUCAGACCACUGGGUGAGAGAAGUCAGCAUGAAACUUUGGAGAAUUUAGGUAAAGCAUCGUUGGAGAAUUCAGAAUCUGAUCAGGAAAAAGAGAUGAUGUCUAGCUUAACCUGCAGCAAAAAAGCAGAAACAAGCGAGCAAGGAAAACUAGGAGAUGUGCAUGAACCUGCACAGUUGGAAACUUCUGGAAGUCUAACAGAAUCUUCAAAAACUCCAUUACUCAGGGGUGGACGAAAACCAUUUGGAUUUUUAUCUUUAAUUUGUAAAAAAAGUAGUUCUGAUUCUGCAGAAGAUACCAAGGGGAGUAGAGGGAAGAUCCAAAAACCAAAGAUUGCGACCCUGAAGCGAAAUCAGAAAAAAACCUCUCCAUCCAGUAAGGAAUCUUGUUCCCUUCCCUCUACAAGCACAUCAUCAUCUGUGGAGUAUGACGGCAUAACUGCUGAUGCUGUAGUUACGGUUCCAAGUAAUGAGCCACCUCAGAAGCCCCCCCUUUCUGCUAAAGAUCCAAAGAAGGAAGAAGAGCCCACCAGAAUCUCUGAGUAUUUUUUCAGUGACAUCUUUAUGGAAGUAGAUGACUCAGAAUAGCAAAUUGGCUUUAUAAAAAUUGUGGGACCUAAGUACAACAGCAAUAAAUUAUUUUUAAAAGUCUGUGCUUGUUCUAAUGCUUGCUGUGCCAAUCUUACCAUCAGCCAAGCUAUUGUUAAUAAACUUCCCUAAAGAUGGAAUCAAUUUCUUCCAAAGUGACCUGGAUACUUUUAAAAUGUUGAUGCAACCUACACCACUACAUUGAUGCCAUUGGAUGGACCAGUGGCUUAAUUUUCCCUUGUUUAGAUGUUGAUAAAUGGGUGCAUGGCUGUCUUCCAGAAAAGUGUGAUGCAAAAAAUGCUUAUUCUUGUGACAAGGAUCCCUUUGGAUUAUAAUGCUAAAGCUUGUGGUACUGGUUAUACAAGUUCUUUACUUCUUUUUGUGAAGUAUGCUAUAUUAGUAUAUUAGAAGGAGGAAUGAACCUUUUAUAUAUAGUGUAAUCUCUGUAGAUCAGGAUGCAAAUACUGAAAGUAGCAUAGGAAGUACAUGGAUAUGCUCAUCACUGCAGCUAUUUUUAUUAGCAUCUCCAAACUACGUAUUUUUAUAUUUAAGAAGUCUUGCAUAAAUUAAAAGACCUUAGCCUGAAAAGCCAAAUGGUUUUGUCUCCGUUAAAAUUUAUAUAGGAAAACACUGAAAAAUAUGCUUCAUUUACCGAGUGAUGCUAUACAAUGUUAAUUUUUGCAACUGUCCUACUAGAGUGAGAAAAGGUUAGUAUUUCCCAAUACACAUACUAAUUUCCUUCCAAAUUUGAAAACAAGGGGUUGGAUACCGUUUCUUUUCCUUGUUUUUACAUAUAGGUGUAUAUAUCUGUACCACUGUCCUUUGUUUCACCUGUGUAAAUUAGCACAAACAGAACUAAAUUUAAACCAUGACUGUACAUGUACAGUGAGGUUGCUUUAAGGAUUUGCUGCUUGGAAGCAGUUGAAUUUGAAUGGCUUUCCCCAUGUUCCUGGAUUACUUGUACUCACUGGCAUAGCUUGAGAUUUUAGUGUAAUUGUUUACUUGCUUAGGAGGAAGAUUGUCUUGAUGAAAUAAGAAAGUUCUUUUGAGUCUCAUAAAGCCAGGUGGUCAAUGAAAGGUGAAAUAUUCAUUCUCAAACUUCAUUACACAAUGAGUAUGUAGAUCUAGAUAGUCUAGCUUUGUCCUGAUACUUAAUAACAGCAAGUACUUCUGCAAAAGAAAUGAUCAUAAAAGAGAAACUUUGAAACUGUAUUAGCCUGUUUUCAGUUUUGGACUGGUUUAAUCAUAGGCUGGCAAGUAUUUUCACAUAAGUAUCUACUUAAUUUUGAAAUACUUCUUGAAGUUUGAAAAUGUUUGCCUUUCAGAACUUACUGGCAAGGCUUAUGAAAGAGCCUUUAAAACUUUGUCAGUAAGGGACAAUG